GAAAGGACAAGGAUGCCACGACCGAGAAGUCCGGGGCUAUCUCGAGUGGCAGUGGGCUUCGCAGGUGCCCGUGUGCCUCUCAUCUGCUGCAGCUCCGGCCUCAGUCCGAGCGAGGGAAUCCUACUGAUGCCCGAGAAAACUUGGAAGGUCAGUGGCAUGCCAUUCCGCAUUCCAGUCUAGGAGCAGCAUACGACAUUACACGACAGAUCACUGAAUUGCCCGAGGCUCCGGAGCCAUGGCCCGUGCCACGGUCUUUGACGACCUCGAUUUCACCUUUGUUCCAUGGGCCUUCGUCCGAGUCAGUCUUCGUCAAAGGAAUGCCCGAGUCGCCCAUUACAUUCAGAAUUGCGGCGUCCGCGCGGAACAAGGCCGUGGUGACGAGGCUCUACAACGAGUCCUAUGACGUCGCGUGGGUUCUGUGGCACCUCCAGGUGGACAUCUUCGCGUGGAUCGGCACGCUCGCCGUCAUGUUGCACCCGCACCCUGCUGCAAAAUCGUUGGCGACCGAGAUCGGGCUCCUGGCCUUGAGGACCUUCCUCAAGCGGGCGGCAGAAGGAACUCCGAUGCCGUGGCAGGGCUACUACCCCUCUCUGGUGCAGAGUCACGUCCGAGACAGCCUUCACUGGCUUCGCUCGGAGCACAAGGGGGCGCCGGUUCCGAAGAAGGGCGACAAGCCUCUGAGGAAGGCGUUUGCCGCCCCCAGAGCCCAGCCCGACGACGCCGACGUGUUGUUUAACUUGGUGCCCGAGUUUGCUUGGUGCCUGGUGGAGUUGGAGACGUCGUCCGAGAUGGCCGCACAGGUGAGGGGGCUCGCCACGCACCGCCAUAGCCACGGAUUGGCGUACGUGCACGAGCACAUCUCCAAGCUUCUGCGGACCCUGGACAACGCCUCUAACUACGGUGAUAAAGACGCCCGAAAUCGAGAACUCAAGGUGCUUCCGAACUUCUUGGCCGAGAAGUUGGCCUUCCUGGAGACGGAGCCCGAGGAGUGGGAGAUGGCGGAGCGUCCGAGCUUCGUCUGGGACAAGAGAGACGACUGGCGGUACUGGGACGACACGGCCGAGGAUCUGGCCAGUGCCAUGGACCUCGCUACC